GUAAUCUCCAUCAAAUCAGGCAACUCUCUCAUCUCACCAACUAUAAUGCCAGUAUUCACAGUAGCAACUCUCAACUCUAUGCCUCUACCCUUCUUCCUCUACCACUGACUCCAGACAUGCCUUUCCACUUCUCCUUUCCAUCCAAAAAUAUCAUUCUGCAUGUACAAGCUAUUGCAUUCGUAGUACAGGUACCAAGCCCAGAAAAGGCUGGAAGGGUUUUAUGCCAGAUAUUCUUCCAGAUAUGAUCCUUCCAGUCAUGAGGGGCUUGGUAACCGUACUGACAAUACACAAGUUUGUAGAUGGGUGACAUUCUUUUUAUUGAAUAAUUAACCACACCUUACAUGGAAUGACUAUAUCAUGUUUAAUUACUGUUUCACCUCUCUUCACUGUCCAGAUACGUGUGCAUGCUGUCAAACAAGAACAGGGAUCAUUUCUGCUCUGUGAACAUUUCCAGCCAAACUCCAGAUGAGCAAGAUUAUUCAGAGAAUUUUGGGGACACAGACAAAUUUGGAAUCUCUCUCUGUCAUAAUAAAAGGAAUGGAUCUGUGAACUGUACACAACUGAAUGACAAAUACUACCCAAAGAAUCACAUUAAACCACUCGCACCGUGCUGCCUCAACGUUACCUACAACGCAAGUCAGUAUCACUUCACCUGGAACAGCAGCUAUGAGGAAUACCUUCCUUCAUUCUAUCUGUACUACGACCUGAUGUACCAGAUGCAAUAUUACAGAAAAGGAGAAAAUGACCAUGCAAAACCACUUCAACUGGACAAAAUCAACUUCUCUUUGGCGGAGACCCAUUUGGAACCAAACACAGAGUAUGCUGUGAGGGUGCGCUCCAGUCCUAAUCAGGCAUACUACAUGGGAGAGUGGAGUGACUGGUCACCUGAACUCCAAUGGAAGACAAAAGCAGCUGUACAUGAUGAGCCACCAGUAACACUUGAUUCAAGCAAAAAGGUUUUGAUCACCUUGUGUGUGAUGGCACCAAUUAUCUUAAUUCUGUGCUAUGCUCCUGUGAAAAAGUGGCGGAAACGGGACUUCAUCCCAACUCCAACACCCUAUUUCCAGUCCCUCUACAGCGACUGUCAGGGAGACUUCAGGAAGUGGGUGGUCAUACCAGAAAACACAGCAGAUGUGCUAAAAGCAGAGGAGACUCUCCAAAUUGAUGCCCUGUCCAAGUGUGUGGACAUCCAGGAAGACUGCUCGCAUCAGUUUAACCAUGACCUGGUCAAGAAGAGCUACUACGUCAACACAACUGACCCCGCAUCUGCUCCUUUUCCUUCGAGCAUCUAUUACGUUGGGAGCACCUCAGCGCCAGGAAAUUCAACAGCGAGUUCCACCCUCAGCUCGUGGCCAGAGAGUGUCGCCGACACAGACUCAGGCUGUUGGCUUUCCAGUGCUACAUCCCUUGACAGGAAUACUCCGUGGUACUGCAAUGAGUACUGCACUUUAAGUACCUUCCAAAAGUCAAGUCACAAGGGUUAUUCAGUAAACUGAUGCCAACCAUGAUUCUGUCUGCCAUCAGGGUUUUUCUGAAUACAGUACAUCCAGAAAGUAUUCACAAUGCUUCACUUUUUUCCACAUUUUGCUGUUACAGCCGAAUUUCAAAUGGAUGAAAUU